AAUAUGAAAAGUACUUGUGUUUAGGGAAACGCAAACGUCAACAAACCGUCGCCACAUACUCACAUUAUGGAAUAAAUUGCAUAAAUUAAUUUGUUAAACAUAGUUUGGAGUUAGGGUUAGCGAUCGAAAUAACUAAUACAUACCUGCACAUAUCCGUAACAGAUUGCUAACGCUUGCCGCCGUUAACUGACGUGGACCUGCUGCUGUUGUUGUAACUUCUCUGCUGAUUACAGCCGCUGCGUGCCACAACAUGUCCGCACGUCGCCGGGGUCAAACGAAAGACGGCCGGGAGCUCGUCGAGUCCAUGGCCGAUGCAGAAGACAAAGAGGAGAAGCCCGAUUUGCUCGGCGAUAGACGCAACAUUGCCAUACUCCUGUUCCUGUACGUGCUGCAGGGCAUUCCCAUUGGCCUCAUUGCUGCAGUGCCCAUGCUGCUACAGAAUCGCGGCGCCAGCUACAAACAGCAGGCGGAGUUCUCCUUUGCCUAUUGGCCCUUCAGCAUCAAGCUGCUGUGGGCGCCCAUUGUGGACUCGCUGUAUGUGCGACGUUUCGGACGCCGCAAGUCGUGGCUGGUGCCCGUACAGUAUCUGCUGGGCGGCUUCAUGCUGCUGCUGUCGGCGCACGUGGAUCGCUGGCUGGGCGGCGAUGGCAUCGAACCGAAUGUGCCGCUUCUGACGCUGUUGUUUUUUGUGCUCAACUUUUUGGCCGCCACGCAGGACAUUGCCGUCGAUGGCUGGGCCCUGACCAUGCUGAAGCGCUGCAAUGUUGGCUACGCAUCCACCUGCAACAGCGUGGGCCAAACGGCCGGCUACUUUUUGGGCUAUGUCGUGUUUAUUGCGCUCGAGUCGAAAGACUUUUGUAACUCGUAUCUGCGCUCCGUGCCAGCGGAUGAGGGCAUGAUAACGUUGCCACGCUUCCUCUGGUUCUGGGGCGUCACAUUCAUUGUGGCCACCACGCUGGUCGCCCUCUUCAAGCGCGAGAACGACAUUGAGGAUGCCCACACUGAAGCGCGCUACAAGGAGGAGCACGAACUAAACAUACACGAAAGCUAUAAAGUCCUGUGGGACAUGGUACGCAAGCGACCCGUCCAAAUCCUGGCUGGUAUUCUGCUCACGGUAAAAGUGACAUUUGCCGCUUCCGAUGCGGUUACCUCACUGAAGCUCAUCGAUGCCGGCGUGCCGAAGGAGAAACUAGCCCUGUUGGCCAUUCCCGUGAUUCCACUGCAGCUCAUACUUCCCAUUCUGGUGGGUAAAUACACCAACGGACCGCGUCCCAUGGAUGUGUACUUAAAGGCAAUACCCUACCGCAUAUUGCUGGCGUCUGUGGCCACGCUUAUCGCCUAUGCUACGCCAUAUAUGAUCGCUGGAGGGGAGGUGCCCGUCUACUACUAUGUGCUGCUGAUCGUUAGCUAUGGUUGCUAUCAGGUAUUUCUGUACUCCAUGUUUGUGGCAGCUAUGGCAUUCUUCGCCAAGAUAUCCGAUCCCGCCGUUGGUGGCACCUACAUGACAUUCCUCAAUACCUUAUGCAACCUCGGUGGCAACUGGCCAAAUACGGUGGUGCUCUGGCUGGUGGACGUGCUGACCGUAAAGCAGUGUACCACACAGCCCGACAAUCUCUGCGAGAACAAAGAAGGACAGCAGGCCUGCACCACGGCUGACGGCAAGUGCGAAAUAAUCUUUGAUGGCUACUACUUGGAGGCCAUGGUGUGCGUGGUCUAUGGCAUCAUUUGGCUGCUGGUGGUGCGCAAGUGGAUAAUCCAUUUGCAGAAUCUGCCGACGCGUGCCUGGAUGGUGGUCAAGCCUUCCGCGGCAAAGGACAAAUUGAGGUAGCAACUAAUCGUAUGAUCUUCGUUCUGCGCUAGGCGCACAGUCAUUGGUACAAGAAGCUAUAAAUAGAGAACUAGAACUAGGACUAGGACUAGGACCCAAUUGCAUUAUAGGCUAGACAAAUUGUAAAUUUUUGUAAUAGCCGCGGCUCUCAACGGCCUCCGUAUUGUUUUGUAACUUAUUCCAUAUGGAAAUUAAAUUAAAUUUGAUGUUAAAUGGAAUACAGCAUUGGCAUUCAGGCUGCGAGUA